AUGAUCCGUUCCAGACCAUGUGAUUGUUCAUCAACUUCGUUCAGAGUAUAUAUAAUGGCAAUUGCACCUUGUGCGAGUAGAUGGGUGGCUAUGUGGGGUGUUCAACCUCAGUCAAUGUUGAGUGUCUCUUCAAGUAGUAAAUCACAUGUCCAUAUGCCUCGUUUUUCAACAACCAAAACAAGAGCAUUUGCAUCACCAUUUUCAAGCUUCUUUUCACAAGGUUCCAUGCAUGCACUAUACGAUGCGAGUUCAUUUGGUCAUUCUCGUAAGCGUAGAGGUGGUCGCCUCAUUGUCCGAGCUGAAUCUGAUUUCUAUUCGAUACUCGGUGUGUCAAAGAGUGCUAGUAAAGCAGACAUUAAAAGUGCUUAUAGGAAGCUUGCAAGGAGUUAUCAUCCGGAUGUGAACAAAGAACCAGGAGCCGAACAAAAAUUCAAGGACAUCAGCAAUGCUUAUGAGGUUUUGUCAGACGACGAUAAACGAUCAAUAUACGACCGGUACGGCGAGGCCGGACUCAAAGGCGCCGGCGGCAUGGGCAACGGGGAUUUCAGCAACCCAUUUGAUAUCUUCGAAUCACUAUUUGACAUGGGCGGAAUGGGCGGCGGCCGGAGCUCCCGCAACAUGGCCACAGAAGGUGAGGAUCAAGGCUACAACCUCGUUCUAAACUUCAAAGAAGCCGUAUUCGGAGUCGAAAAAGAAAUCGAAAUAUCAAAACUCGACACCUGUCAAACCUGCAAAGGAUCCGGCGCCAAACCCGGAACCACCGCCUCCCGCUGCUCCCCAUGCGGCGGUCAAGGCCAAGUCAUCUCCUCCGCCAGAACCCCUCUCGGCAUCUUCCAACAAGUCACCACCUGCUCCUCCUGUAACGGAACCGGAGAAAUCUCAACCCCCUGCGCCACAUGCUCCGGCGACGGCCGAGUCCGAAAGUCAAAACGAAUCAGUCUCAAAGUCCCUCCCGGCGUCGAUUCCGGUAGUCGAUUGAGAGUUAGGUCAGAAGGUAACGCCGGAAGAAGAGGCGGACCCGCGGGCGACCUUUUUGUGAUUCUCGAUGUUCUUCCAGAUCCGGUGCUGAAACGUGACGACACCAACAUUUUGUACACUUGUAAGGUGACGUAUCUGGAUGCGAUACUUGGUACGACGGUGAAGGUGCCGACGGUUGACGGGACGGUGGAUCUGAAGAUUCCGGCGGGGACGCAGCCGGGGACGACGUUGGUGAUGGCGAAGAAAGGGGUUCCGGUUUUGGGGAAGGGGAAUCGGAGAGGCGAUCAGUUGGUGAGAGUGCAGGUUGAGAUUCCGAAGCGUGUGAGUGGUGAAGAGAGGAAGUUGAUUGAAGAGCUGUCAAAUCUUAAAAAGGGUAAAGUUCCAAGUGCUAGUAGAUAAGAUGAAAAUUUUAUUUGUUUUUACUUUUUUUGGGGAUAUAAUUUUAAUAUAAUUAGGAAUAUUUUGUAGCAAAAUUUUGUGAUGGAAUGGAUAUUUCUUAAAUCUUGAUUAUAGGUGUAAUAUUCAAGAUACUGCAAGUUGGGUAAUAAUGUUGACAAGUUGAUACUAAUAGUAUUAUGAAGUUUGUCAUUUUUUAAUGGUU